UUUUCGAUUCUUCUGUUUGAUCGGUUCGGAUCAUUUCUGAUGAGUCGGAUCGGUUCUGAUUCUUCAGUUUGAUCGGUUCUGCUGGCUCUGCCCGUGAUGCAUCUCGCGGAUUUCGUCGCCGGUUCUGUCGGAGGGGCUUUUGGAGUGGCCGUGGGGUAUCCGCUGGACACAGUGAAGGUGAGGAUCCAGACUCAGACACGUGACUCAGGUGUUUGGGAGUGUGUGAGAAGAACCUGCAGAACUGAAGGAGUCAGAGGUUUCUACCGCGGGAUGUCCAUGCCGCUGAGCACCGUCUCCAUCAGCUCCUCGCUGGUGUUUGGCACCUACAGGAACGUCCUGCACCACCUGCAUGAGCUGCGGCACAGAAGCGCAGCGGAUCCGCACCAUAAAGCUGAUUUAUUUGUGUCUGGGUUUGCUGGAGGCGUGGCUCAGGUUUUGGUGAUGUCCCCCGCAGACAUUGUGAAAGUGCGUCUUCAGUGUCAGACCGAGCUGCCGGACUCCAGGCCCAAGUACCGCGGCCCGGUGCACUGUCUGCUGAGCAUCGCGCGGGACGAGGGUCUGCUGGGGCUCUAUAAGGGCUCUGCUGCUUUAGUGCUGCGUGACGGACCCUCCUUCGCCACGUACUUCCUCACGUACAACAGCAUCUGUGAUUCCCUGCGCUCUACAGACAGCGGCCAGCCAGGCUGGCCGGUGGUUCUUCUGGCCGGUGGUGUGUCUGGGAUGUGUGGCUGGGCCGUCGGGACACCGAUGGAUGUGAUCAAGGCGCGUCUGCAGGUGUCUGGUGUGAGCGGCCGGCGCUACAGAGGAUUCUUCCACUGUCUCUCACACAGCGUGAGGAGCGAAGGCGCCGCUGUUCUCUUCAGAGGUCUGACGGUGAACUGCAUCCGUGCCUUUCCGGUCAACAUGUCCGUCUUUGCCAUGUAUGAACUGGUUGUUCGCUUUCUGCGUUCGGAGUCAUAGAUCGUCGUCAGAUCUUCUUUGCACACGUGAUUCCUCACUGAGGACGGUUAGCAUCAGUGUUUUAUGAACCGCACAGCUGGAUGUUUGUGAGCCUUUCUGUGCUCAGCUUCUGAGCUGCAGAAGCUCUUCAAACACAUAAUGUACGGAGUGAAUAUUUAUCAUUUGCAUUAAUAUAUAUUUGAGUGUGUUUUGCAGUGUCUACCUCCAGAUGCGUGCGUCUAUGCAUCAUGAAUGUUUAAAGGAAUAGUUCAGCCAGAAAUGAACAUUUGCUGAAAAUGUGC